UACCGCCCCAAGGCGUACAAGUGAGUGACGACCGUGGACCCAUCAAAAACGGAAUAACAACGGCCUACGCAGAGGGCGCUAGCCUCACCCUUACUUGUUCAGCAACUUCAGGCAAGCCGCUUGCCAGAGUGUCUUGGUGGAAAGGAGGCGAACUCAUAACCAACGAAACCCAGUACUUCCCGGAGAGGAAACGCUCCCAAAGCAUCCUCAAGAUCGAUAAGCUUAUCAGAAGUCAUCUAUUGGCCGUCUUCAGUUGCGAGGUCAGCAAUAGUCAGCUGCAGCCACCGUUGGUGGUGCGAGUUGCUAUUGACAUGUACUUGAGACCCUUGGAGGCCCGUCUUCAAGGACUCAACCAUCCUCUCAGUGCUGGUAGACGCACAGAUAUUACCUGCAAAUGCAAAGGAUCCAGGCCACCUGCAGUCAUCUCUUGGUGGAAG